GUUGCGUUCACGGCAGAGGCGCGUGAGCGUGGUGGGAAAUGCGAGCAAGAUGGCGGCGUUGAAGGAGGAGCAGUGUUACGGACUGUCCUGUGGAAGAGUGAGCAAUGGCAGCAAAAUCUCCGUCUAUCACGUCAAGCUGACAGACAGCGCUCUGCGGGCGUUUGAGGACUACCAGAGCAACAAGGGUCUGACUGCUAAACCACUAAUAGGAUUCACAGGAAGCCAAGGGAAAAUCUCGAUACCGCAGUCAGAGAAUCCAAAUGAGCUGCGAACGUUUACCUUCUACCUGUCCAAUGUGGGCAAAGACAAUCCCCAGGGCAGCUUCGACUGCAUUCAGCAGUACAUUACAAGUGAAGGGAGCAUUCAGUUGGACUGUCUGGGAGGAAUCCAGGACAAAAUCACGGUGUGCGCCACUGACGACUCAUACCAAAAAGCCAGGCAAAGCAUGGCUCAGGUCGAGGAGGAGACCCGCAGCCGCGGAGCCAUUGUCAUCAAGCCUGGAGGGAGAUAUGUGGGUAAACGGGUACAAAUCCGUAAGCCUAUAACAGGCGUGUCUGAUGUGGCCCCAUCACGGCGGACGUCCAGGCCAGUGAUCAUCUCCAGCAGCGCUCAGAAGAAGAGCCCGCCGCGACCGCUGAGGGAACGCCUCGUGCACCUGCUGGCCCUAAAACCCUACCGCAAACCUGAACUCCUGGUGCGGCUCACGAAAGAUGGCCUGUCUUUUCAGGACAAGGAGACACUGGACAGCCUCCUGCAACAGGUGGCUAACUUGAAUAGUAAGGACAACACCUUCACAUUGAAGGACUGUUUGUUUAAGGAAGUUCAGAAGGACUGGCCUGGUUACACUGAGGUGGACCAGCAGAUUCUGAAGAGAAUUCUAGUACGAAAACUGUGUAAGCCUCAGAGCAAUGCCCCGGUGUCUGUGGAGAGCCCGGUCAGCCCGCACAAAGAGCCAGCCAGCAGUUCGCCCUCUCAGUUGAACACCCACAACCCCCAGAAACGACCUGCAGCCGACUUCAUCGAUCCCCUGGCCAAUAAGAAACCCAGAAUAUCGCAUCUAGUCAGCAAGUCUACAGGACUCAUCAAUGGCAAGCUGAGCUCAUCCAAUGGAAAGGACACCUCUAGUUCUCAAGCAACUGAGACCUCGUCGAGCUCUCAGUUCCCUCCACUGGAGAUCCCCCGACCCUUCGACCCCCUUUCAGAUGUCAGCAACGACUCCAACGGCAGAGACUGUGAAGGUCAGGAGGCAGCGGUGGCAGAGAGACUAAGUCAGCCACCGUCAUUCGCCCCUCGCUCCGCGACACAAGAGGAAAGGCAGACCUCCAUGUCCCCACCCCACAGCAGUUUGGACAGCUCUCUGACCCAGACCACCCAACCCUCUCUGCACGGCAAGUCUAAGAAGAAGUCUAAAAAACACAAGGACAAAGAUAAAUCCAAAGACAAGGACAGGGAUCGAGAGAGGGACGCGAAGAAGGAGAGGAGGGUUGAUGAAGAGCGUGGCUUGGAUCAAAGGAAACCCUGUGAUGUCACGACGAGCGAUAAGAGUACAGGUCUGAACGGAACAUGCAACAGCUCCAGUAUUCCUGCGUCUUCAUCAGAGACGGCAGACUAUUUAAUAAAGUACACAGUGAUAAGCUCGCCCGAGCAACGUCAGACUUACAAAAACGACUUCAACUCCGAGUACAGCGAGUACCGGGGCCUCCAUGCGCGGAUAGAGAGCAUCACUCGGCAGUUCACUAUACUCGACUCGGAGCUCAAACAACUCCAGCAAGGCACAGACAAGUACAAGACAAUCCACAAUCAGAUACUUGAAGAGUAUCGCAAAAUAAAAAAGACUAAUCCAAACUAUAGCCAAGAGAAGAACCGCUGUGAAUAUCUACACAACAAACUGGCACAUAUAAAAAAACUGAUAGCAGAAUAUGAUCAACAGCAACUUCAAAACUGGCACUAACAACAAGAUAUGUUUCUUUUUUUUUUUUCCUUCUUCGUUCUCCCUUUUGGGAGAGAAAGAAAAUCUGGAUUUUUUUGGUUUCUUGGCUUGCUCUAAAAACAAGUUGCUCUAAUGUAAGACGCCACGAAACUGAUUUAUUAUUAUUUUUUGUUUUAUUUUUCCCCUGUAGUAGGCCAAGUGCUCUAAUAAGGACAUUGCGGACACAUGAAUUUCAUUUUUUAUGGGACUUGGGACAUGGGCGUACUCAAUCAUGCUUACCUGUGUAGCCUAAUGCAUUAUGGGAUUGGUUGCCCCUUCCCUUCUCGAAGGUCUCAGUGUGAAAUGGAAAAAAACAGUCUUGCUUUCCAAACAGGGAUAACCAACACCCAUUCCCAGAUUCCCAUAGGCUUAGAGGAAAAAUAUAUGGAAUGGAUUUUUUUCCCUGUAUGUACUAAAACGGAAGGUCCUAAUGAUGAUAAACUAUAUUUUAUUUUCUUUUAUAUUUAUUUUUUCGUCUUCCUUAGGGAUACAUCAGUCCGAUUAUAAUUUCACACUCCUCAAAAUUGAGUGCUUAAACGUCUCGUCCGGUCCCUUUGGUCUUCUGGAAUCAGUCAGUAUUUUAUGCAAAUUCUGCCUUGGAUUGAAUAGAUCCUCAAUGCAGUAAACCUUUCGCCCCCGUUUUCUUUCUCCAGGGUCUGACAUGGCACUAUUUGGCUCCUUAUUUUGUGCAAUGCGCUAAAGCACGUCGAAUGCCUAGCGGAGGGAGAUCACCAUCUGUUUGUUUAGAGGCUUUGACGGUAUCAGUAUUAAGCGGACGGCCAUGGUAGAGCUCCAUACGGAUACAUUUGCCAUUCCAGAGGUGAGGGAGCACUUCAUUGUUGGCAUAUUUUCCACACUUUUGACUGAAAAUUAUCACUUUGCAACUACCAACAUCAAUUUUAAUCAAGAGUAGUUGUAAAAAGCGAUGCAAAAAACGUGCUGCCCCUCAGGUUUCUUGGGUUAAGUUUUGCUAAUUAUGAAUGUGACUGUAACAUAUCACCUUUGGAGCCAAGCUAGUGUGGUUUUCUUCCAGAAAAUAGUGAUUGUAUCCCUUUAAAGUCACCCUGUUGGGCUGAAGAAGAUCCAAAAUGAUAAACGCAACCUUCACUUGUCCAAACCCUUUAGCAAUUUAAAAAGCUUGCUUGAAUACUGAGUAUUUGUGGGGUUUUUGACCAUUUCUGGCAGUGUUUUCAUUACAAGAUGACUGUUAAAUUCCAUUAAGGCGUCUCUUCAUGGUGGAGGAUCCAUUAUAAACCUCUGAAGUGCUUCUUGCGUUACUGUGGACACUCAAACCGCUCAUCUGUCGGGUCCUGUUGAAGCAUCAGUUGUACUUCUGAUAACUCUUAUGUUUAAAUAUUAAAGUUCAGCACUUUGCUCAGCUUCUCGCUGUUACUCUUACCUGGGUUUUGUUGCAAGGAGACUCUUGCCUCGUCCGUCUGUGUAUGCAUGCUUUCUGACUGUUGAAGACGUUAAAAGGGCAAAGGCCAGUGUUUACAGCGGUUUUACGCUGCUGUUUUGAUGUUCAACAGCAUUUAAAACCAAAUAUGUAUCAAUUUACCCCGACCAGCAUUCGUGCUUUACAAUUAAAUAAAGCCAAAUUGGACCGUUCAAAGAAAAGUCAGCAAAUUGAUCUGGAAAAAAAAACACUGUUUUAGUCCUGGGAAUGCUUAAGUAUUUAUUUGAUCAACCCUGAUCAUGGUCUUUUCAUUACCUGGAGGAAAAACAAUCUGAAAAUCCUGCAACAAUUCAACGAUGAAUAUGAAUGAUGUUUGUUUGAGUUUAAAAAUGCUCCGAUACUUCAAGCACUGACAACACAACUUGGGGAAGACAUGUGCCAAAUGACCUGUUGUAUAGGUUUGCAUCGGAUGAAAUAUGUUGCUGUUUUAGCAAAAAAAAAAAAAA